UGUUUCUCAUACUUCUUCAUCUCAGCAGCACACAUACAAGCUCAGUAAUCUUUAACAUCUUUCUUUUUUUUUCCUUUUCCUGUAUUUGAGAGUUCUGAAAAUUCUUCAAGUUUCAUUUAUAACCUUCAUGGGUUUAGUCAGUUGCGAAAUCGAGAUUGAUACUUCACUCCCAGCAGCCAAGAUGUUCCAGGCCGUUGUCCUUGAGGGCAAUACCCUCGUUCCCAAGAUCUUGCCCCAGGCUAUCCAGAAUGUCGAAGUUCUUGAAGGAGAUGGAGGGCCUGGAACUAUCAAGCAAAUUAAUUUCUCAGGAGGUGAGUCCAAGUAUGUGAAGGAGAGGGUAGAUGCUGUAGACAAGGACAACUUAACUUAUGCAUACACAAUGAUCGAAGGAGAUUUCACAGCGGGAAACAUUGAAAAGAUCAGUAAUGAGCUAAAGUUUGAGGACACCGCUGCCGGAGGAUCUCUACUCAAGUAUCUCACCAGGUACCAUACCAUUGGUGAUUUUGAGCUCAAACAAGAGGACAUUCAGGCUCGGAAAGAGAUGACCAUGGGAAUGUUCAAGGCUGUGGAAGCCUACCUCUUGGCAAAUCCUAACGCAUUAUAAAUCUAGAAGAUGCAACUGGUGUUUCUUUUUCUGUAGCAAAUAAUAAAAGUGUUUUCUGGGUAUGUAUUCCGGUCAAUCUUCUUUUCCAUGAGAUUGAAGAGUAUAAUAAUGUCCUUCAAAUGAAUGAUAUGGAAAUAUAUUUGGAGAAUCAAAGCUUUUAUUUGCAGAUAAAUGGUUAAUGAAGGAUGCUUCAAGUUUA